CUAUUGCAAUGAAGGCUUUAUAUUGCACAAAGUCGCAGUCGACACCCCACAGCUGACUGUUUGCUUAUCGCGCACAGCCAACAUUAUCUAGCUGCAUGCGUGCAUGGAGAUACAACUAAACAGCAGCUAAUGCGUGCUUUCUUUAAAAAGAAAACACGGCUCACCUUUAGAGAAAAAAGGCUUUAGUGCAGCAAAAACCCCAAAUCGGACUCUUCCCCCCCCCCGUUUUUAGCAUGUAGGGAAGUAGGUUAUGAAAGUGAACUUCAGCUGGCGUUGUUUUGGGGGCAGGGGUGGGAGGAGUGUGCCUGCUCAUAACAGCAGAUCUACAAACGCUGCGCACUGGCCACGCUCAGCCACGGUUCAAGGUUAAAGUGCUUAAAGAUCCGCGGGGCGCUUAUUUAACUCCACGCAGCGUCGUCCACACAGCGUUGGUCACCUCUCUUGUCCUCUACAUGGACUUCAUGUUUCACGCUUCCUCAACAGGCGUGGCGUCAACAUGGAUAGUGUGGUUUCAUAGCUGCAGGGUUGUUCUCGCUGUCGGUUUUUCGUAUGGCCGGAGCUUGCUGCAAGUGUCCGCUGUCUCUGUCCGUGUUCAAGCGCUCUCUCUCGGUGGCUCCGCGUGGCUGCGGCUCCGCUCCACGCUCUCUCCUGCACGGGUGGAGGCUCGGGGAGAGGGGCCUGCAGGAGGCCGCCCGACCCUCCAGCGCCCUCAGACCUGCAGGCUUCUACCGACAAACAGCUUUCCUCUGUCUCUCCUGUCAGGAGUCCAUGACUGAGAGUCUGCGGACCUGCUACCUGUACCUGAACCAAACCAGUCGCAGCUUUGCAGCUGUGAUUCAGGCGCUGGACGGAGAGUUGAGACAUGCAGUUUGCAUUUUCUACCUGGUUCUGCGUGCACUGGACACAGUGGAGGAUGACAUGACCAUUCCUCUGGACAAGAAGGUUCCCAUGCUCAAUGACUUCCACACCUUCCUGUACCAGGAUGAGUGGUGCUUCAUGGAGAGCCAGGAGAAAGAUCGUCAGGUCCUGGAAGACUUCCCAACGAUAUCGCUGGAAUUCAGAAACCUUGCUCAGGAAUACAGAGACGUCAUCUCGGAUAUCUGCCACCAUAUGGGAGUGGGAAUGGCUGAAUUCCUGGAGAAGAAAGUGGGAUCUAUGAAGGAGUGGGACCAGUAUUGUCACUAUGUUGCCGGUUUAGUCGGCAUUGGCCUGUCCCGGCUGUUCUCUGCGUCUCAGCUGGAGGACCCUGAAGUUGGGCAGGACACUGAACUUGCGAACUCCAUGGGCCUGUUUCUCCAAAAGACUAACAUCAUCCGAGACUAUCUAGAGGACACACAAGAGGGACGUGCCUUCUGGCCACAAGAGGCUUGGAGCCAGUUUGCAGGCCGUCUUGAGGAUUUGGCCCAGCCUGAGAAGCUGGAGUCGGCGCUGUCCUGUCUCAACCUGCUGGUCACUGAUGCUCUGCGUCACGUCCCGGAUGUUAUUGCCUACCUGUCCCGCCUGCGCAACCAGAGCGUCUUUAAUUUCUGUGCCAUUCCACAGGUGAUGGCAAUAGCUACACUGUCAACGUGCUACAACAACCCCAUGGUGUUUCAGGGAGUGGUGAAGAUCCGAAAGGGGCAGGCAGUCACUCUCAUGAUGGAAGCCACCAAUAUGAGUGCUGUGCAGACAAUUAUCGCCCAGUACAGCCAGGAGAUAUUACACAAGGUGUCCCCCACCGACCCGUCUCGGGAAAAGACGCUCCACAUCUUGGCUGUAAUCCGUGAAAAGUCCGCCCUGUCGCAGUCCAGCCUCCGCUCCAGGACCCACCACCUGUCGCCCAUGUACCUUUCUGCUGCUAUGGUGCUCACUGCCCUCAGCUGGCAGUACCUUAGCACUACAGCGGCACAGGCCCAAGGCACCAGUGACAUGCAGAGACCUUGAACUAAUUUAACCCCCUCCUUUCCUGAGCCUCUAUACAAAAGAAGCCCCUGUGCCCCCUCUGAAGGUCUGUUUCUAGAGGAAUUUACAGAUUCACUGUGGCUGUUACAGGAUGAUGGACACUCUAAAGUAUGACUCUGUAAGUAGGCUGGUGUCAUUAAAUGAUUUGAUCUGUAGCAGUCCAUCCUGUGUCUAGAUAAAUUAUAUACACACA